GUUGCCUUACCUCCGAGCGACGUCGUGGUGGUGCAACAGACUACAACUAGCAUUCUGGUGUCUUGGAUUCAGUCCAGUGUUGCAACUGGCUACAGGAUACACUACAAUAGUAGUGAAGGAAACCAGGGCAGCAAGACUGUUAGUGGUGGCUUUACCAACAGCUACACACUGACUAGCCUACAAAAUGGAGUCAUCUACACUGUAUCUGUACUAGCAACAUCUGAACACGUUUCUAGUGAGAGUGUCAGAGCACCACACGAUGUUGGCUUAGUUCCUGGCCAGCCAACAAUUGGCACAGAAACUGGCACUACUUUCAUUUUACUCUCUUGGAGUUUUCCUAGCGGGUCUGUGGUUACUAGAACAUUUGUAGAAUGGUCCUCAAACCAGUGCCCUGCCAACACUCUUGGUGGCAACACCACCAUUACUGAUGUUUCUACGAGUUACACCAUAUCACAUCUGAUACCUGGCACCAGUUACAAUGUGUCUCUCGUGGCCAGCAAUUAUGCUGGUACUUCAUCAAGU